AUGCCUCUCUCCUCGUGCCAGGCCCAGAGGGGCUUCAGUGCUCGCUCAGCCUGUACUGCUCUUUUAGGGGGCCGUGGCAGGGGCAGUUUUAGCAGCAAGAGCUUUAGUUCCUUUGGGGGGUGCCGAGGAGGCUCUCGUGGGAGGACCUGGGGGUCAGGGGGAAGGAUGGGGUUACAGUUUGGGGAGAGGAGGGGUGGGCCUGGGCUCUCCUUGUGCUCUCUGGGGGGCAUCCAAAAAGUGACCAUCAACCAAAAUCUGCUGACCCCACUGAAGAUUGAGAUUGACCCCCAGUUCCAGGUAGUACGGACGCAGGAGACCCAAAAGAUCAGAACCCUCAACAACCAGUUUGCUUCCUUCAUUGACAAGGUGCGAUUCCUGGAGCAGCAGAACAAGAUCCUGGAGACAAAGUGGCACCUGCUGCAGCAGCUGGAAGUGAGUGACAGCCCCCGGGACCUGGAGCCCGUCUUUGAGGCCUACCUGGCCCACCUCCAGAAGCAGCUGGAGAAGCUCCAGAGAGAGCGAGGGGCUCUGGACGCUGAGCUGAAGACCUGCCAGGACCAGGAGGAGGAGUAUAAAGCCAAGUUUGAGGAGGAGGCCCAUAAGCACGCAACAGUUGACAAUGACUUUGUGGUCCUCAAGAAGGAUGUUGAUGGGGUUUUCCUGUGUAAGAUGAAGUUGGACGGCAAGCUGGAGGUUCUGAGAGAGCAUAUCUGCUUCUUGAAGCGUCUGUAUGAAGAAGAGCUGGGCCAGCUUCAGACCCAGGUCAGCGACACAUCCGUGGUGCUGUCCAUGGACAACAAUCGCUGCCUGGACAUCAGUAGCAUCAUCACUGAGGUCCGUGCCCAGUAUGAGGAAAUCGCUCGGACUAGCAAGGCUGAGGCGGAGGUGCUGUACCAGACCAAGUACCAGGAGCUUCAGACAUCUGCCCAGUGUCAUGGGGACAACAUGAAGGAAACCAAAGUCCAGAUCUCCCAACUGCACCAAGCGAUUCAGAGGCUGCAGAGUCAGAUUGAGAACCUCAAGAAGCAGAACGCCGGCCUGCAGGUGGCCAUGGCCGAUGCCGAGCAGCGUGGGGAGCUGGCGCUCAAGGAUGCUCAGGCCAAGCUGGAUGAGCUGGAGGCUGCUCUGAGAAUGGCCAAGCAGGACCUGGCCCAGCUGCUGCGCAAUUACCAGGAGCUGAUGAGCACGAAGCUGUCUCUGGACGUGGAGAUCGCCACCUACCGCAGACUACUGGAGGGCGAGGAGUGCAGGAUGUCUGGGGAGUGCAGCAGCCAGGUCACUAUCUCCACAACGGGAAGCGGCACCAUUGUGUCUGGAGGAGCUGGUGGAGGCCUGGUGGGCACUUGUGGACUUGGAGGCAGGAAAGGCAGCUUUGGGUCCUGCUGCUCCAGCAUCGUGACUGGUGGCUCCAACAUCAUCCCGGGCUCUGGGCAAGGCCCUGUUUUGGGUUCCUGCUCUGUGUCUGGCUCUGGCUUUGGCUCCAGCUCUGGCUCCAGCUGCCGCACCAUCCUGAAGAAGACGGUCGAGUCAAGUCUGAAGACGUCCAUCACAUACUGA